AUGUUGGAAGCCUUUGAAAUUCUUACCACCUCAGGUGUGGUCCUGUGGUCCAAAUCAUAUGCUCCGGUCGGGGCGCAUAUCGUUAACAGCCUGAUCAACGACGUUUUUAUCGAGGAGAAAGUCGUGCCACAGAAUGCUGCAGGUGUGUCGCCUGUCUUCAAGAAGGAGAAAUAUACCCUCAAAUGGCGUCGCAAUAAGGAGUUCAGCUUGAUAUUCGUAGCUGUCUACCAAUCACUCCUUCACCUUGGAUGGAUCGACAAACUUCUCGAGAAUAUUUCCACCAUCUUCAUCGAUAUAUACAAGGACCAGUUGAAAGGCAACCGCACCAGAAUCACAACCUAUCGCUUUGACCCGUACUUCGAGCAACAAGUGCGCGAGCUUGAAGAUAAUACCGGCAGUGUCGCGGAGGUCUACGAUGCUGAGAUCGAGAGCAAGAAAGACUUGCUCGUCUCAUCGGAUAAUGGAGGUCCUCCGCCUCCGGUCCCCGGCUUCUUGAAGGCGCAGCAUCAAGCUGCGCGAGCUGGGGCGACCUCUGACGAGGGUACGCCACCAGCAACUCCUGAUACUUCUAGAUCUACAACACCAAACCACAUUCUCACGGGAAAGAGUGGUCCCCGAACCUCGCGCCGAGCACGCAAAGCCGCAAACGCCUCCGCCAAUGCCUCGUCCGGAGACGAGCACUCUCGCAGCCGCAAGCCCGCAAAGAGUACACCGGCGAAGAAGAUGCGCAAAUGGGAUGCUGACGGAUAUGCCGAUGAGGAUGAUGGGGAAAUACUGGACUACUCUGCCCCGCAGAGGAUGGGGAUGUGGCGGCGCCCGCUGUCGAGGCCGACGGGCAAGGGCCAGUUUGUCCUGAAGGAACUGGGCGAGGAAGUGCAUAACAUCCUGGACAAUGCGGAUGCCGAGAAAAGCAAGGAUGGUGCUGCGUCUGGCGUCGUGGGCUCUGGAUUUAAUGCCAUUGGAGGCUUCUUCCGCAAUAUUGUUGGCGGCAAGACGUUGACCAAAUCUGAUCUUCAGAAGCCGCUCAAGGCAAUGGAGGACCACCUGCUGAAGAAGAACGUUGCUCGCGAAGCUGCCGUUCGGCUUUGCGAGGGUGUCGAGGCUGAGCUGGUCGGCAAGAAGACCGGUAACUUCCAAAGCGUCGAUGCGGCCUUGCAUAUCGCUAUGGAAGCAUCUCUGCGGAAGAUCCUUACGCCUACCUCGUCUUUGGACCUUCUCCGUGAGAUCAACGCCGUCACUGCCCCCACCACUAAGCAGCACGCUCCUCGCCCCUACGUUAUGUCCAUCGUCGGCGUCAAUGGUGUCGGCAAGUCCACCAACCUGAGCAAGAUCUGCUUCUUCCUCCUGCAGAACAACUACCGAGUCCUCAUCGCCGCCUGCGACACCUUCCGAUCCGGCGCGGUCGAACAACUCCGCGUUCACGCCCGCAAUUUGAAAGAACUCAGUUCCCGUGAAAACGUCGGCGAGGUCGAGCUCUACGAAAAGGGAUACGGUAAAGACGCCGCGAACGUCGCCAAGGACGCAGUCGAAUACGGCGCCGCGAACAAGUUCGAUGUCGUCCUCAUCGACACCGCAGGUCGUCGCCACAAUGAUCAGCGACUGAUGUCCUCGCUGGAGAAGUUUGCCAAGUUCGCCAACCCGGACAAGAUCUUCAUGGUUGGCGAGGCAUUGGUUGGAACGGAUAGUGUUAUGCAAGCGCGGAACUUCAAUGCGGCCUUUGGAACGGGUCGGAACCUUGAUGGGUUCAUUAUUAGCAAGUGUGAUACCGUCGGUGAUAUGGUUGGUACAUUGGUUAGUAUGGUUCAUGCUACGGGUAUCCCGAUUGUUUUCCUGGGUGUUGGACAGCACUAUGGAGACUUGCGUGGACUUAGUGUGCCUUGGGCGGUUAGCUUGUUGAUGAAGUGA